AUGUCUAACAACAACAAGAACACACCUUUUCUAUUCCCACAAGCUCAUUCCACUAUCCUCCCUGACCCCUCCAAAUUCUUCUCUCCAAAUCUGCUAUCCACACCCCUCCCCACUAACUCUUUCUUCCAAAACUUUGUUCUCAAAAAUGGUGACCAGCCUGAAUAUAUUCAUCCUUACCUCAUCAAAUCCUCAAACUCAUCACUUUCUAUUUCAUAUCCAAAACGUUCUUCCAACUCUAAACACAUAACACAAAUCUUCAAACCUGAUCUUACAAUCACUACCUCGAAAAAAGAAAAAGGUUCCAAUGGAAAACAUGUAAUCUCUUCCUAUAGUGAUCUCAGUGUCACCUUAGACAUUCCAUCUACAAAUAUGAGUUUUUUUCUUGUUAGAGGAAGUCCUUAUUUGACUCUUUCUGUAACAAAACCAACCCCUUUUUUGAUCUCAACAAUCCAUGAUAUCAUUUAUUUCUCAUCAAAUGAUUCAUUCACAAAGUUUACUAUUCGGCUUAACAAUAAUCAAGCUUGGAUACUAUAUGCUUCCAUUAAAAUAAAGUUGAGCCAUAGCCGUACUGAAAUCACUUCUGAAGAAGCCUUUUCCGGCACUAUUCGGAUAGCUUUGUUACCAGAUUCUGAUUCGAAACAUGAAGCUGUUCUUGACAGGUACAGAUUCUGUUAUCCUGUGUCAGGUGAUGCUAUUCUGAGAGAACCAUUUUGUGUUGAGUAUAAGUGGGAGAAAAAAGGUUGGGGUGAUUUGUUGAUGUUAGCACACCCUCUUCAUAUUCAGCUUUUAUCUGAUAAUGAUUAUAAUAAUGUUACUGUUUUGAAUGAGUUCAAGUAUAGAAGCAUUGAUGGUGAUCUUGUUGGUGUUGUUGGAGAUGCAUGGAUCUUGAAAACACAUCCUGUUUCUAUUACUUGGUACUCUACAAAGGGUCUGAAAGAAAAAGACAAUGAAAAAAUUGUUUCAUCACUUUAUAAAGAUGUUGAGUGUUUGAAUUCAUCUUCAAUAAAAUCUACUUCAUGUCAUACUUUUGGAAAAUUGAUUGCAAGAGCAGCAAGGUUAGCAUUGAUAGCAGAAGAGGUUUGUUUCUAUGAUGUGUUUCCAAAAGCUAAGGUUAAGAAGUUUUUGAAGGAGACUGUUGAGCCUUGGCUUGAAGGAACUGUCAAAGGAAAUGGAUUUCUACAUGAUAAAAAAUGGGGUGGGCUUGUUACUAAACAAGGAUCUACCGAUUCUAAAGCCGAGUAUGGUUUUGGCAUUUAUAAUAAUCAUCAUAGUAGAUUAGGAUAUUUUGUGUAUGCAAUUGCUGUGCUUGUUAAGAUUGAUCCAGCUUGGGGUACAAAGUACAAGGCUCAAGCUUAUUCUGUUAUGGAAGAUUUUAUGAAUUUGAACACAAGUUCGAACUCAAAUUAUACACGUUUAAGGAGUUUUGAUCUUUAUAAUUUGCAUUCUUGGGUUGGAGGGUUAAUGGAAUUUGCAGAUGGAAGGAAUCAGAUGGGAAUUAGUGAAGCUGUGAAUGCAUAUUAUGCUGCGGCAUUAUUUGGAAUGGCUUAUGGUGAUGCUCAAAUUAUGUCAAUCGGGUCAACACUUGCAGCAUUGGAAAUUUGUGCAGCGAAAAUGUGGUGGCAUGUUAAAAAGGGAGGGAAUAUGUAUGAAGAAGAUUUUACAAAAGAGGAACGGAUAAUGGGGAUUCUGUGGUCGAAUAAGAGAGAUAGUGGACUUUGGUUUGCUCCAGCUGAAUGGAGAGAAGCUAGGGUUGGUAUUCAGGUGUUACCAUUGUGUCCAAUUUCUGAAGUUUUGUUUUCUGAUGUGAAGUAUGUGAAGGAACUUGUGGAAUGGGCAAUGCCUGCUUUGAAAAGGGAAGGUGUCGAGGAGAAAAUGAAGGGAUUUGUGUAUGCUUUGCAGGGAGUUUAUGACAAUGAAGGAGCGUUGAAGAAUAUAAAAAAGUUAAAAAGGUUUGAGGAUGGAAAUUCAAUGACUAAUCUUCUGUGGUGGAUUUAUAGUAGAGGUUGAAGUGUUGACACAAUGAAUGGUUUAUUAUAUAUUUUGUAAGUAAUUGAGACAAUGGACUUUGUUUUUAUGGAUUUUCUCUUGCAAUUCCUUGUUUUGUUCUU